GAAACGCCCCAGUCUACAUAGAAGGAAAAUUGUUUUGCUGGAUUUCUGCACUGCCCUUAUUCCAAAUGCAAUAGAGAGACAGGGAGAAAGAGCGAGAGCUUGGGGGAAGGCUCUGGAUUGGUGUUCUGGGCUAUUUCAACUUCAGGGCAACUUUUGAGAACUUCAGUUAUUUUUGGUUCUGGCAUACAGCUGAGACCAGGGGAGCCUGAAACUGAGGCUGAUGCAGAAGAAGACGAUUCUGUCAAUGAAGUGACAAUAGAAAACAUACGGCCAAGGCCACAAGGAUCCUCUCCAGUUUAUGAGUAUUCCAUAGAAGAAGAAUAUUUUAACAAAAAGCUACAAGAAGAGACAGAGAACAAAAAAUAUUCUACAGAAAAACAAAAAAUGAGUCAUUCACAGGCGUCUAUGGAGGUGACCCUGAAAACAGAAGUGGAAUCUGGUGCUAGCGGUUUUAGUGUGACAGGUGGAGGAAGUGAAGGAAUAUUUGUAAAACAAGUGCUCAAGGAAUCCCCUGCUUCGAAAAUAUUCAGUUUGAGAGAAGGUGAUCAGCUAUUAAGUGCCACAAUAUUUUUUGAUAAUAUCAAAUAUGAAGAUGCACUCAAGAUUCUACAAUAUUCCGAGCCAUACAAAGUACAAUUCAGCCUCAAAAGAAAACUUAGUGGGAAAGAAGAGCUAGAAAAAAUACAUUCUACAGUACAACCCAAGAAGGAAAAAAUAAGUCAGGAAAAAGAGCUUAAUGAAAAAAUUCCUGGAACAACACUGGAAAUUUCAGAAAAGAUUAUUUCAGAAGAAGACAAGGAAAAGGAAAUUGUAAAAAAAAGGUUGGGAAGAACAAAACAACCCAGAAAAGAGAGAUUGUCAUGGCCCAAAUUCCAGUCAAUGAAAAAUAAAAAGAUUUUGGGGCACAGAAGAUCUCAUAGUACAUCAGAUGCAUAUGAGCAUGCUAUACAAGAUAUUUCCCCAACAAGCACUGACACUGAGUCACAAUUACAAGAAGAAGAAUUCUGUGCUAAAGAGAAAAAAGGAAGCCAAAAGAAACUGAAGUUCCCUAAUAUUGGAUUCAAAAUGCAUAGAACAAAAGCAGAAACAGAAGAGAAGCAGAGAUUAGAAAUAAAAACCUUGCCACCAACAAAAAAGGAUAAAAUACGAAAAGAAGAUAUCAGCAUGGAAACUCCAGAAAUACUAACUGUACAAUAUACUACGUCUUCUGCAUAUGAAACAAAAGCAGGUGAAAUACAAGAAAAUGUCAAAAAAAACUUAAAAGACAUGGAAAAUGGCUUACAAAUCUAUACAAAGAAGUGCCCUGAAGUUGAAAUUAACAUUAAAAAACAAAAGGACCAGGUAGCAAUAUCUAAAACUACUACUACAACACCACAAAUACCACCAAUAACAACACAAAUAUCAAAACCUACAUCAGAAAUACAAACACCUGGUCUCAAAGCCACACAAAGCAAACAAAUACCGCAAGCAUUACCAAGGACCAGAAAAAAGAAACAAAAAGGUUCAUCAGAACAAAAACCCACCAAAAUUCUUCUACAACGUCCUGGAGAAGGAAUAACAAAUAAAGAAAUGAGGGAUCACCUAGAACACAGUUCUAUUCAAAUAAAAGGUCUAGAAAUAAAAACAACAAAAGAAACAGGACAAACAAAACAAGAAAAAGAGAAAAAUGAAGAAUGGGAGCAGGAUCAGAUGCAAAUAUCAGAUAUACAACAAGAAAAGUUUGGAAUUGGCAUCAAUAAGGGAAAGCAGCCAGAAAAUGAAAUCACAUUACACGAACUGGAAACUGACAUGCACAAGAAAACAGUAAAAAUGGAAGGACUGGAAAUUGAUAAGGAGGUCACAAAAGCACCAGUGCAAAUUGAUCCUAUGACAGAAGGCUCAGGCUGGAAAAUCCAAAUGCCAUCACUCAAAAUGCCCAAAAUGCCUAAAGCAGACCUUCAAGCACCAAAGGUGGACAUCACCCUCCCAUCAGUAGACGUUUCUCUUCCAAAGGCCGAGGUGGACAUUCAAGGCCCAGAAGCAACAGCUAAAGCGGUAAAGAUAGAAGGUGAAAUAAAAGCCACAGAUAAAGAUGCGAAAGGAAAAGAAAGUAAGUUCAAAAUGCCAAAAUUCAGUAUGCCUUCAUUUGGCUGGUCCACCACAAAAGAGACCAGUGGUGGAGUAGCAGAUGUUGAAGCAAGCCUCAAAGAGCCCCAGGUGACAGUGCCGUCAGCUGGGGCAGAAGGAGAGAUAACACUGUCAGGACCCGCAAUCCAGGCUCCAAGUGCUGAAGUGGAAAUCGGGACUUCUGCAGGAAAAGAUGGUGAGAAGGGGAAACUUAAAAUGCCUGAUGUUAAGCUGCCGAGUGUGAAGCUUCCCAAAGUCAAGGCUCCCCAGGUACAGGUCAGUCUGCCAAAGGUAGAGGCAGAUAUUUCCCCUCCCAAAUCACAAGCCGAAAUGAAAGAGGGGGGAUUUGAAGUGAAAGUUCCCGCCAUUGAAAGCAGUAUUGAAGUUGAGACAGGGAAAGCAGAGGCAACAGGGAUGCAAAUACACAUGCCAAAAGUCAAGAUGCCUUCUACGGGAUUUUCUAUACCUGAAAUCAAAGCUCCCAAAGUAGACGUGGAUGUUACUUUACCCAAAGUCGAUGUCUCACUUCCCACGUGUGAUGUCAGUCUUCAAGAAGCUGACCUGAAAGCAGCCUCCGUUCCUGCAGAUGUCAAAAUCUCAGCACCUGGAGUAAAGAUUCCCAAAAUAGAAGGUUCCUUUGAGCUGAAGGGUCCAGGAAUUGAAGCAAAAGCACCAUCAGCUGAAAUUGCGGUGGAGGGAGCAGAGGUGAAAACUGCCGGUUUGGAAGGGAAAAUUCAAAUGCCUAAAUUUGAAAAGCCAAAGUUUGGAGUUUCACUUCCAAAAGGCAAAGUGCCAGAAGGCGAGAUCAGCUUACCCAAAAUGGAAGCUGAUAUUCCCAAGCCAAAAGUCAAAGGCCAAGUGGGUGCAAUCGGCGUGGAAACCCCAACGCUAGCAGUGGAAGCUGAUGUUCCUGACCUAGAGACUGAAGCUUCCGGCUGGAAAAUACAAAUGCCAUCACUCAAAAUGCCCAAAAUGCCUAAAGCAGACCUUCAAGCACCAGAGGUGGACAUCACCCUCCCAUCAGUAGACGUUUCUCUUCCAAAGGCCGAGGUGGACAUUCAAGGCCCAGAAGCAACAGCUAAAGCGGAAAAGAUAGAAGGUGAAAUAAAAGCCACAGAUAAAGAUGCGAAGGGAAAAGAAAGGAAGUUCAAAAUGCCAAAAUUCGGCAUGCCUUCAUUUGGCUGGUCCACCACAAAAGAGACCAGUGGUGGAGUAGCAGAUGUUGAAGCAAGCCUCAAAGAGCCCCAGGUGACAGUGCCGUCAGCUGGGGCAGAAGGAGAGAUAACACUGUCAGGACCCGCAAUCCAGGCUCCAAGUGCUGAAGUGGAAAUCGGGACUUCUGCAGGAAAAGAUGGUGAGAAGGGGAAACUUAAAAUGCCUGAUGUUAAGCUGCCGAGUGUGAAGCUUCCCAAAGUCAAGGCUCCCCAGGUACAGGUCAGUCUGCCAAAGGUAGAGGCAGAUAUUUCCCUUCCCAAAUCACAAGCCGAAAUGAAAGAGGGGGGAUUUGGAGUGAAAGUUCCCGCCAUGGAAAGCAGUAUUGAAGUUGAGACAGGGAAAGCAGAGGCAACAGGGAUGCAAAUACACAUGCCAAAAGUCAAGAUGCCUUCUACGGGAUUUUCUAAACCUGAAAUCAAAGCUCCCAAAGUAGGCGUGGAUGUUACUUUACCCAAAGUCGAUGUCUCACUUCCCACGUGUGAUGUCAGUCUUCAAGAAGCUGACCUGAAAGCAGCCUCCGUUCCUGCAGAUGUCAAAAUCUCAGCACCUGGAGUCAAGAUUCCCAAAAUAGAAGGUUCCUUUGAGCUGAAGGGUCCAGGAAUUGAAGCAAAAGCACCAUCAGCUGAAAUUGCGGUGGAGGGAGCAGAGGUGAAAACUGCCGGUUUGGAAGGGAAAAUUCAAAUGCCUAAAUUUGAAAAGCCAAAGUUUGGAGUUUCACUUCCAAAAGGCAAAGUGCCAGAAGGCGAGAUCAGCUUACCCAAAAUGGAAGCUGAUAUUCCCAAGCCAAAAGUCAAAGGCCAAGUGGGUGCAAUCGGCGUGGAAACCCCAACGCUAGCAGUGGAAGCUGAUGUUCCUGACCUAGAGACUGAAGCUUCCGGCUGGAAAAUACAAAUGCCAUCACUCAAAAUGCCCAAAAUGCCUAAAGCAGACCUUCAAGCACCAAAGGUGGACAUCACCCUCCCAUCAGUAGACGUUUCUCUUCCAAAGGCCGAGGUGGACAUUCAAGGCCCAGAAGCAACAGCUAAAGCGGAAAAGAUAGAAGGUGAAAUAAAAGCCACAGAUAAAGAUGCGAAGGGAAAAGAAAGGAAGUUCAAAAUGCCAAAAUUCGGCAUGCCUUCAUUUGGCUGGUCCACCACAAAAGAGACCGGUGGUGGAGUAGCAGAUGUUGAAGCAAGCCUCAAAGAGCCCCAGGUGACAGUGCCGUCAGCUGGGGCAGAAGGAGAGAUAACACUGUCAGGACCCGCAAUCCAGGCUCCAAGUGCUGAAGUGGAAAUCGGGACUUCUGCAGGAAAAGAUGGUGAGAAGGGGAAACUUAAAAUGCCUGAUGUUAAGCUGCCGAGUGUGAAGCUUCCCAAAGUCAAGGCUCCCCAGGUACAGGUCAGUCUGCCAAAGGUAGAGGCAGAUAUUUCCCUUCCCAAAUCACAAGCCGAAAUGAAAGAGGGGGGAUUUGGAGUGAAAGUUCCCGCCAUGGAAAGCAGUAUUGAAGUUGAGACAGGGAAAGCAGAGGCAACAGGGAUGCAAAUACACAUGCCAAAAGUCAAGAUGCCUUCUACGGGAUUUUCUAAACCUGAAAUCAAAGCUCCCAAAGUAGGCGUGGAUGUUACUUUACCCAAAGUCGAUGUCUCACUUCCCACGUGUGAUGUCAGUCUUCAAGAAGCUGACCUGAAAGCAGCCUCCGUUCCUGCAGAUGUCAAAAUCUCAGCACCUGGAGUCAAGAUUCCCAAAAUAGAAGGUUCCUUUGAGCUGAAGGGUCCAGGAAUUGAAGCGAAAGCACCAUCAGCUGAAAUUGCGGUGGAGGGAGCAGAGGUGAAAACUGCCGGUUUGGAAGGGAAAAUUCAAAUGCCUAAAUUUGAAAAGCCAAAGUUUGGAGUUUCACUUCCAAAAGGCAAAGUGCCAGAAGACGAGAUCAGCUUACCCAAAAUGGAAGCUGACAUUCCCAAGCCAAAAGUCAAAGGCCAAGUGGGUGCAAUCGGCGUGGAAACCCCAACGCUUGCAGUGGAAGCUGAUGUUCCUGACCUAGAGACUGAAGCUUCCGGCUGGAAAAUCCAAAUGCCAUCACUCAAAAUGCCCAAAAUGCCUAAAGCAGACCUUCAAGCACCAAAGGUGGACAUCACCCUCCCAUCAGUAGACGUUUCUCUUCCAAAGGCCGAGGUGGACAUUCAAGGCCCAGAAGCAACAGCUAAAGCGGUAAAGAUAGAAGGUGAAAUAAAAGCCACAGAUAAAGAUGCGAAGGGAAAAGAAAGGAAGUUCAAAAUGCCAAAAUUCGGCAUGCCUUCAUUUGGCUGGUCCACCACAAAAGAGAUCAGUGGUGGAGUAGCAGAUGUUGAAGCAAGCCUCAAAGAGCCCCAGGUGACAGUGCCGUCAGCUGGGGCAGAAGGAGAGAUAACUCUGUCAGGACCAGCUAUCCAGGCUCCAAGUGCUGAAGUGGAAAUCGGGACUUCUGCAGGAAAAGAUGGUGAGAAGGGGAAACUUAAAAUGCCUGAUGUUAAGCUGCCGAGUGUGAAGCUUCCCAAAGUCAAGGCUCCCCAGGUACAGGUCAGUCUGCCAAAGGUAGAGGCAGAUAUUUCCCUUCCCAAAUCACAAGCCGAAAUGAAAGAGGGGGGAUUUGAAGUGAAAGUUCCCGCCAUGGAAAGCAGUAUGGAAGUUGAGACAGGGAAAACAGAGGCAACAGGGAUGCAAAUACACAUGCCAAAAGUCAAGAUGCCUUCUACGGGAUUUUCUAAACCUGAAAUCAAAGCUCCCAAAGUAGACGUGGAUGUUACUUUAUCCAAAGUUGAUGUCUCACUUCCCACGUGUGAUGUCAGUCUUCAAGAAGCUGACCUGAAAGCAGCCUCCGUUCCUGCAGAUGUCAAAAUCUCAGCACCUGGAGUCAAGAUUCCCAAAAUAGAAGGUUCCUUUGAGCUGAAGGGUCCAGGAAUUGAAGCGAAAGCACCAUCAGCUGAAAUUGCGGUGGAGGGAGCAGAGGUGAAAACUGCCGGUUUGGAAGGGAAAAUUCAAAUGCCUAAAUUUGAAAAGCCAAAGUUUGGAGUUUCACUUCCAAAAGGCAAAGUGCCAGAAGGCGAGAUCAGCUUACCCAAAAUGGAAGCUGACAUUCCCAAGCCAAAAGUCAAAGGCCAAGUGGGUGCAAUCGGCGUGGAAACCCCGACGCUAGCAGUGGAAGCUGAUGUUCCUGACCUAGAGACUGAAGCUUCCGGCUGGAAGAUCCAAAUACCAUCACUCAAAAUGCCCAAAAUGCCUAAAGCAGACCUUCAAGCACCAAAGGUGGACAUCACCCUCCCAUCAGUAGACGUUUCUCUUCCAAAGGCCGAGGUGGACAUUCAAGGCCCAGAAGCAACAGCUAAAGCGGUAAAGAUAGAAGGUGAAAUAAAAGCCACAGAUAAAGAUGCGAAGGGAAAAGAAAGGAAGUUCAAAAUGCCAAAAUUCGGCAUGCCUUCAUUUGGCUGGUCCACCACAAAAGAGACCAGUGGUGGAGUAGCAGAUGUUGAAGCAAGCCUCAAAGAGCCCCAGAUGACAGUGCCGUCAGCUGGGGCAGAAGGAGAGAUAACACUGUCAGGACCAGCUAUCCAGGCUCCAAGUGCUGAAGUGGAAAUCGGGACUUCUGCAGGAAAAGAUGGUGAGAAGGGGAAACUUAAAAUGCCUGAUGUUAAGCUGCCGAGUGUGAAGCUUCCCAAAGUCAAGGCUCCCCAGGUACAGGUCAGUCUGCCAAAGGUAGAGGCAGAUAUUUCCCUUCCCAAAUCACAAGCCGAAAUGAAAGAGGGGGGAUUUGAAGUGAAAGUUCCCGCCAUGGAAAGCAGUAUUGAAGUUGAGACAGGGAAAACAGAGGCAACAGGGAUGCAAAUACACAUGCCAAAAGUCAAGAUGCCUUCUACGGGAUUUUCUAAACCUGAAAUCAAAGCUCCCAAAGUAGACGUGGAUGUUACUUUACCCAAAGUCGAUGUCUCACUUCCCACGUGUGAUGUCAGUCUUCAAGAAGCUGACCUGAAAGCAGCCUCCGUUCCUGCAGAUGUCAAAAUCUCAGCACCUGGAGUCAAGAUUCCCAAAAUAGAAGGUUCCUUUGAGCUGAAGGGUCCAGGAAUUGAAGCGAAAGCACCAUCAGCUGAAAUUGCGGUGGAGGGAGCAGAGGUGAAAACUGCCGGUUUGGAAGGGAAAAUUCAAAUGCCUAAAUUUGAAAAGCCAAAGUUUGGAGUUUCACUUCCAAAAGGCAAAGUGCCAGAAGGCGAGAUCAGCUUACCCAAAAUGGAAGCUGACAUUCCCAAGCCAAAAGUCAAAGGCCAAGUGGGUGCAAUCGGCGUGGAAACCCCGACGCUAGCAGUGGAAGCUGAUGUUCCUGACCUAGAGACUGAAGCUUCCGGCUGGAAGAUCCAAAUACCAUCACUCAAAAUGCCCAAAAUGCCUAAAGCAGACCUUCAAGCACCAAAGGUGGACAUCACCCUCCCAUCAGUAGACGUUUCUCUUCCAAAGGCCGAGGUGGACAUUCAAGGCCCAGAAGCAACAGCUAAAGCGGUAAAGAUAGAAGGUGAAAUAAAAGCCACAGAUAAAGAUGCGAAGGGAAAAGAAAGGAAGUUCAAAAUGCCAAAAUUCGGCAUGCCUUCAUUUGGCUGGUCCACCACAAAAGAGACCAGUGGUGGAGUAGCAGAUGUUGAAGCAAGCCUCAAAGAGCCCCAGGUGACAGUGCCGUCAGCUGGGGCAGAAGGAGAGAUAACACUGUCAGGAACCGCAAUCCAGGCUCCAAGUGCUGAAGUGGAAAUCGGGACUUCUGCAGGAAAAGAUGGUGAGAAGGGGAAACUUAAAAUGCCUGAUGUUAAGCUGCCGAGUGUGAAGCUUCCCAAAGUCAAGGCUCCCCAGGUACAGGUCAGUCUGCCAAAGGUAGAGGCAGAUAUUUCCCUUCCCAAAUCACAAGCCGAAAUGAAAGAGGGGGGAUUUGAAGUGAAAGUUCCAGCCAUGGAAAGCAGUAUUGAAGUUGAGACAGGGAAAACAGAGGCAACAGGGAUGCAAAUACACAUGCCAAAAGUCAAGAUGCCUUCUACGGGAUUUUCUAAACCUGAAAUCAAAGCUCCCAAAGUAGACGUGGAUGUUACUUUACCCCAAGUCGAUGUCUCACUUCCCACGUGUGAUGUCAGUCUUCAAGAAGCUGACCUGAAAGCAGCCUCCGUUCCUGCAGAUGUCAAAAUCUCAGCACCUGGAGUCAAGAUUCCCAAAAUAGAAGGUUCCUUUGAGCUGAAGGGUCCAGGAAUUGAAGCGAAAGCACCAUCAGCUGAAAUUGCGGUGGAGGGAGCAGAGGUGAAAACUGCCGGUUUGGAAGGGAAAAUUCAAAUGCCUAAAUUUGAAAAGCCAAAGUUUGGAGUUUCACUUCCAAAAGGCAAAGUGCCAGAAGGCGAGAUCAGCUUACCCAAAAUGGAAGCUGACAUUCCCAAGCCAAAAGUCAAAGGCCAAGUGGGUGCAAUCGGCGUGGAAACCCCAACGCUAGCAGUGGAAGCUGAUGUUCCUGACCUAGAGACUGAAGCUUCCGGCUGGAAAAUCCAAAUGCCAUCACUCAAAAUGCCCAAAAUGCCUAAAGCGGACCUUCAAGCACCAAAGGUGGACAUCACCCUCCCAUCAGUAGACGUUUCUCUUCCAAAGGCCGAGGUGGACAUUCAAGGCCCAGAAGCAACAGCUAAAGCGGUAAAGAUAGAAGGUGAAAUAAAAGCCACAGAUAAAGAUGCGAAGGGAAAAGAAAGGAAGUUCAAAAUGCCAAAAUUCGGCAUGCCUUCAUUUGGCUGGUCCACCACAAAAGAGACCAGUGGUGGAGUAGCAGAUGUUGAAGCAAGCCUCACAGAGCCCCAGGUGACAGUGCCGUCAGCUGGGGCAGAAGGAGAGAUAACACUGUCAGGACCCGCAAUCCAGGCUCCAAGUGCUGAAGUGGAAAUCGGGACUUCUGCAGGAAAAGAUGGUGAGAAGGGGAAACUUAAAAUGCCUGAUGUUAAGCUGCCGAGUGUGAAGCUUCCCAAAGUCAAGGCUCCCCAGGUACAGGUCAGUCUGCCAAAGGUAGAGGCAGAUAUUUCCCUUCCCAAAUCACAAGCCGAAAUGAAAGAGGGGGGAUUUGAAGUGAAAGUUCCCGCCAUGGAAAGCAGUAUUGAAGUUGAGACAGGGAAAACAGAGGCAACAGGGAUGCAAAUACACAUGCCAAAAGUCAAGAUGCCUUCUACGGGAUUUUCUAAACCUGAAAUCAAAGCUCCCAAAGUAGACGUGGAUGUUACUUUAUCCAAAGUUGAUGUCUCACUUCCCACGUGUGAUGUCAGUCUUCAAGAAGCUGACCUGAAAGCAGCCUCCGUUCCUGCAGAUGUCAAAAUCUCAGCACCUGGAGUCAAGAUUCCCAAAAUAGAAGGUUCCUUUGAGCUGAAGGGUCCAGGAAUUGAAGCGAAAGCACCAUCAGCUGAAAUUGCGGUGGAGGGAGCAGAGGUGAAAACUGCCGGUUUGGAAGGGAAAAUUCAAAUGCCUAAAUUUGAAAAGCCAAAGUUUGGAGUUUCACUUCCAAAAGGCAAAGUGCCAGAAGGCGAGAUCAGCUUACCCAAAAUGGAAGCUGAUAUUCCCAAGCCAAAAGUCAAAGGCCAAGUGGGUGCAAUCGGCGUGGAAACCCCGACGCUAGCAGUGGAAGCUGAUGUUCCUGACCUAGAGACUGAAGCUUCCGGCUGGAAAAUCCAAAUGCCAUCACUCAAAAUGCCCAAAAUGCCUAAAGCGGACCUUCAAGCACCAAAGGUGGACAUCACCCUCCCAUCAGUAGACGUUUCUCUUCCAAAGGCCGAGGUGGACAUUCAAGGCCCAGAAGCAACAGCUAAAGCGGUAAAGAUAGAAGGUGAAAUAAAAGCCACAGAUAAAGAUGCGAAAGGAAAAGAAAGUAAGUUCAAAAUGCCAAAAUUCGGCAUGCCUUCAUUUGGCUGGUCCACCACAAAAGAGAUCAGUGGUGGAGUAGCAGAUGUUGAAGCAAGCCUCAAAGAGCCCCAGGUGACAGUGCCGUCAGCUGGGGCAGAAGGAGAGAUAACACUGUCAGGACCAGCUAUCCAGGCUCCAAGUGCUGAAGUGGACAUCGGGACUUCUGCAGGAAAAGAUGGUGAGAAGGGGAAACUUAAAAUGCCUGAUGUUAAGCUGCCGAGUGUGAAGCUUCCCAAAGUCAAGGCUCCCCAGGUACAGGUCAGUCUGCCAAAGGUAGAGGCAGAUAUUUCCCUUCCCAAAUCACAAGCCGAAAUGAAAGAGGGGGGAUUUGGAGUGAAAGUUCCCGCCAUGGAAAGCAGUAUUGAAGUUGAGACAGGGAAAGCAGAGGCAACAGGGAUGCAAAUACACAUGCCAAAAGUCAAGAUGCCUUCUACGGGAUUUUCUAAACCUGAAAUCAAAGCUCCCAAAGUAGGCGUGGAUGUUACUUUACCCAAAGUCGAUGUCUCACUUCCCACGUGUGAUGUCAGUCUUCAAGAAGCUGACCUGAAAGCAGCCUCCGUUCCUGCAGAUGUCAAAAUCUCAGCACCUGGAGUCAAGAUUCCCAAAAUAGAAGGUUCCUUUGAGCUGAAGGGUCCAGGAAUUGAAGCGAAAGCACCAUCAGCUGAAAUUGCGGUGGAGGGAGCAGAGGUGAAAACUGCCGGUUUGGAAGGGAAAAUUCAAAUGCCUAAAUUUGAAAAGCCAAAGUUUGGAGUUUCACUUCCAAAAGGCAAAGUGCCAGAAGGCGAGAUCAGCUUACCCAAAAUGGAAGCUGACAUUCCCAAGCCAAAAGUCAAAGGCCAAGUGGGUGCAAUCGGCGUGGAAACCCCAACGCUAGCAGGGGAAGCUGAUGUUCCUGACCUAGAGACUGAAGCUUCCGGCUGGAAAAUCCAAAUGCCAUCACUCAAAAUGCCCAAAAUGCCUAAAGCAGACCUUCAAGCACCAAAGGUGGACAUCACCCUCCCAUCAGUAGACGUUUCUCUUCCAAAGGCCGAGGUGGACAUUCAAGGCCCAGAAGCAACAGCUAAAACGGUAAAGAUAGAAGGUGAAAUAAAAGCCACAGAUAAAGAUGCGAAGGGAAAAGAAAGGAAGUUCAAAAUGCCAAAAUUCGGCAUGCCUUCAUUUGGCUGGUCCACCACAAAAGAGACCAGUGGUGGAGUAGCAGAUGUUGAAGCAAGCCUCACAGAGCCCCAGGUGACAGUGCCGUCAGCUGGGGCAGAAGGAGAGAUAACACUGUCAGGACCCGCAAUCCAGGCUCCAAGUGCUGAAGUGGAAAUCGGGACUUCUGCAGGAAAAGAUGGUGAGAAGGGGAAACUUAAAAUGCCUGAUGUUAAGCUGCCGAGUGUGAAGCUUCCCAAAGUCAAGGCUCCCCAGGUACAGGUCAGUCUGCCAAAGGUAGAGGCAGAUAUUUCCCUUCCCAAAUCACAAGCCGAAAUGAAAGAGGGGGGAUUUGAAGUGAAAGUUCCCGCCAUGGAAAGCAGUAUUGAAGUUGAGACAGGGAAAACAGAGGCAACAGGGAUGCAAAUACACAUGCCAAAAGCCAAGAUGCCUUCUAAGGGAUUUUCUAAACCUGAAAUCAAAGCUCCCAAAGUAGACGUGGAUGUUACUUUACCCAAAGUCGAUGUCUCACUUCCCACGUGUGAUGUCAGUCUUCAAGAAGCUGACCUGAAAGCAGCCUCCGUUCCUGCAGAUGUCAAAAUCUCAGCACCUGGAGUCAAGAUUCCCAAAAUAGAAGGUUCCUUUGAGCUGAAGGGUCCAGGAAUUGAAGCGAAAGCACCAUCAGCUGAAAUUGCGGUGGAGGGAGCAGAGGUGAAAACUGCCGGUUUGGAAGGGAAAAUUCAAAUGCCUAAAUUUGAAAAGCCAAAGUUUGGAGUUUCACUUCCAAAAGGCAAAGUGCCAGAAGGCGAGAUCAGCUUACCCAAAAUGGAAGCUGAUAUUCCCAAGCCAAAAGUCAAAGGCCAAGUGGGUGCAAUCGGCGUGGAAACCCCGACGCUAGCAGUGGAAGCUGAUGUUCCUGACCUAGAGACUGAAGCUUCCGGCUGGAAAAUCCAAAUGCCAUCACUCAAAAUGCCCAAAAUGCCUAAAGCAGACCUUCAAGCACCAAAGGUGGACAUCACCCUCCCAUCAGUAGACGUUUCUCUUCCAAAGGCCGAGGUGGACAUUCAAGGCCCAGAAGCAACAGCUAAAGCGGUAAAGAUAGAAGGUGAAAUAAAAGCCACAGAUAAAGAUGCGAAGGGAAAAGAAAGGAAGUUCAAAAUGCCAAAAUUCGGCAUGCCUUCAUUUGGCUGGUCCACCACAAAAGAGACCAGUGGUGGAGUAGCAGAUGUUGAAGCAAGCCUCACAGAGCCCCAGGUGACAGUGCCGUCAGCUGGGGCAGAAGGAGAGAUAACACUGUCAGGACCCGCAAUCCAGGCUCCAAGUGCUGAAGUGGAAAUCGGGACUUCUGCAGGAAAAGAUGGUGAGAAGGGGAAACUUAAAAUGCCUGAUGUUAAGCUGCCGAGUGUGAAGCUUCCCAAAGUCAAGGCUCCCCAGGUACAGGUCAGUCUGCCAAAGGUAGAGGCAGAUAUUUCCCUUCCCAAAUCACAAGCCGAAAUGAAAGAGGGGGGAUUUGAAGUGAAAGUUCCCGCCAUGGAAAGCAGUAUUGAAGUUGAGACAGGGAAAACAGAGGCAACAGGGAUGCAAAUACACAUGCCAAAAGCCAAGAUGCCUUCUAAGGGAUUUUCUAAACCUGAAAUCAAAGCUCCCAAAGUAGACGUGGAUGUUACUUUACCCAAAGUCGAUGUCUCACUUCCCACGUGUGAUGUCAGUCUUCAAGAAGCUGACCUGAAAGCAGCCUCCGUUCCUGCAGAUGUCAAAAUCUCAGCACCUGGAGUCAAGAUUCCCAAAAUAGAAGGUUCCUUUGAGCUGAAGGGUCCAGGAAUUGAAGCGAAAGCACCAUCAGCUGAAAUUGCGGUGGAGGGAGCAGAGGUGAAAACUGCCGGUUUGGAAGGGAAAAUUCAAAUGCCUAAAUUUGAAAAGCCAAAGUUUGGAGUUUCACUUCCAAAAGGCAAAGUGCCAGAAGGCGAGAUCAGCUUACCCAAAAUGGAAGCUGAUAUUCCCAAGCCAAAAGUCAAAGGCCAAGUGGGUGCAAUCGGCGUGGAAACCCCGACGCUAGCAGUGGAAGCUGAUGUUCCUGACCUAGAGACUGAAGCUUCCGGCUGGAAAAUCCAAAUGCCAUCACUCAAAAUGCCCAAAAUGCCUAAAGCGGACCUUCAAGCACCAAAGGUGGACAUCACCCUCCCAUCAGUAGACGUUUCUCUUCCAAAGGCCGAGGUGGACAUUCAAGGCCCAGAAGCAACAGCUAAAGCGGUAAUGAUAGAAGGUGAAAUAAAAGCCACAGAUAAAGAUGCGAAAGGAAAAGAAAGUAAGUUCAAAAUGCCAAAAUUCGGCAUGCCUUCAUUUGGCUGGUCCACCACAAAAGAGAUCAGUGGUGGAGUAGCAGAUGUUGAAGGAAGACUCAAAGAGCCCCAGGUGACAGUGCCGUCAGCUGGGGCAGAAGGAGAGAUAACACUGUCAGGACCAGCUAUCCAGGCUCCAAGUGCUGAAGUGGAAAUCGGGACUUCUGCAGGAAAAGAUGGUGAGAAGGGGAAACUUAAAAUGCCUGAUGUUAAGCUGCCGAGUGUGAAGCUUCCCAAAGUCAAGGCUCCCCAGGUACAGGUCAGUCUGCCAAAGGUAGAGGCAGAUAUUUCCCUUCCCAAAUCACAAGCCGAAAUGAAAGAGGGGGGAUUUGAAGUGAAAGUUCCCGCCAUGGAAAGCAGUAUUGAAGUUGAGACAGGGAAAGCAGAGGCAACAGGGAUGCAAAUACACAUGCCAAAAGUCAAGAUGCCUUCUACGGGAUUUUCGAAACCUGAAAUCAAAGCUCCCAAAGUAGACGUGGAUGUUACUUUACCCAAAGUCGAUGUCUCACUUCCCACGUGUGAUGUCAGUCUUCAAGAAGCUGACCUGAAAGCAGCCUCCGUUCCUGCAGAUGUCAAAAUCUCAGCACCUGGAGUCAAGAUUCCCAAAAUAGAAGGUUCCUUUGAGCUGAAGGGUCCAGGAAUUGAAGCGAAAGCACCAUCAGCUGAAAUUGCGGUGGAGGGAGCAGAGGUGAAAACUGCCGGUUUGGAAGGGAAAAUUCAAAUGCCUAAAUUUGAAAAGCCAAAGUUUGGAGUUUCACUUCCAAAAGGCAAAGUGCCAGAGGGUGAGAUCAGCUUACCCAAAAUGGAAGCUGACAUUGCCAAGCCAAAAGUCAAAGGCCAAGUGGGUGCAAUCGGCGUGGAAACCCCAACGCUAGCAGUGGAAGCUGAUGUUCCUGACCUAGAGACUGAAGCUUCCGGCUGGAAAAUACAAAUGCCAUCACUCAAAAUACCCAAAAUGCCUAAAGCAGACCUUCAAGCACCAAAGGUGGACAUCACCCUCCCAUCAGUAGACGUUUCUCUUCCAAAGGCCGAGGUGGACAUUCAAGGCCCAGAAGCAACAGCUAAAGCGGUAAAGAUAGAAGGUGAAAUAAAAGCCACAGAUAAAGAUGCGAAGGGAAAAGAAAGGAAGUUCAAAAUGCCAAAAUUCGGCAUGCCUUCAUUUGGCUGGUCCACCACAAAAGAGAUCAGUGGAGGAGUAGCAGAUGUUGAAGCAAGCCUCAAAGAGCCCCAGGUGACAGUGCCGUCAACUGGGGCAGAAGGAGAGAUAACACUGUCAGGACCCGCAAUCCAGGCUCCAAUUGCUGAAGUGGAAAUCGGGACUUCUGCAGGAAAAGAUGGUGAGAAGGGGAAACUUAAAAUGCCUGAUGUUAAGCUGCCGAGUGUGAAGCUUCCCAAAGUCAAGGCUCCCCAGGUACAGGUCAGUCUGCCAAAGGUAGAGGCAGAUAUUUCCCUUCCCAAAUCACAAGCCGAAAUGAAAGAGGGGGGAUUUGAAGUGAAAGUUCCCGCCAUGGAAAGCAGUAUUGAAGUUGAGACAGGGAAAGCAGAGGCAACAGGGAUGCAAAUACACAUGCCAAAAGUCAAGAUGCCUUCUACGGGAUUUUCUAAACCUGAAAUCAAAGCUCCCAAAGUAGACGUGGAUGUUACUUUAUCCAAAGUCGAUGUCUCACUUCCCACGUGUGAUGUCAGUCUUCAAGAAGCUGACCUGAAAGCAGCCUCCGUUCCUGCAGAUGUCAAAAUCUCAGCACCUGGAGUCAAGAUUCCCAAAAUAGAAGGUUCCUUUGAGCUGAAGGGUCCAGGAAUUGAAGCGAAAGCACCAUCAGCUGAAAUUGCGGUGGAGGGAGCAGAGGUGAAAACUGCCGGUUUGGAAGGGAAAAUUCAAAUGCCUAAAUUUGAAAAGCCAAAGUUUGGAGUUUCACUUCCAAAAGGCAAAGUGCCAGAAGGCGAGAUCAGCUUACCCAAAAUGGAAGCUGAUAUUCCCAAGCCAAAAGUCAAAGGCCAAGUGGGUGCAAUCGGCGUGGAAACCCCAACGCUAGCAGUGGAAGCUGAUGUUCCUGACCUAGAGACUGAAGCUUCUGGCUGGAAAAUCCAAAUGCCAUCACUCAAAAUGCCCAAAAUGCCUAAAGCAGACCUUCAAGCACCAAAGGUGGACAUCACCCUCCCAUCAGUAGACGUUUCUCUUCCAAAGGCCGAGGUGGACAUUCAAGGCCCAGAAGCAACAGCUAAAGCGGUAAAGAUAGAAGGUGAAAUAAAAGCCACAGAUAAAGAUGCGAAAGGAAAAGAAAGUAAGUUCAAAAUGCCAAAAUUCGGCAUGCCUUCAUUUGGCUGGUCCACCACAAAAGAGACCAGUGGUGGAGUAGCAGAUGUUGAAGGAAGACUCAAAGAGCCCCAGAUGACAGUGCCGUCAGCUGGGGCAGAAGGAGAGAUAACACUGUCAGGACCAGCUAGCCAGGCUCCAAGUGCUGAAGUGGAAAUCGGGACUUCUGCAGGAAAAGAUGGUGAGAAGGGGAAACUUAAAAUGCCUGAUGUUAAGCUGCCGAGUGUGAAGCUUCCCAAAGUCAAGGCUCCCCAGGUACAGGUCAGUCUGCCAAAGGUAGAGGCAGAUAUUUCCCUUCCCAAAUCACAAGCCGAAAUGAAAGAGGGGGGAUUUGAAGUGAAAGUUCCCGCCAUGGAAAGCAGUAUUGAAGUUGAGACAGGGAAAGCAGAGGCAACAGGGAUGCAAAUACACAUGCCAAAAGUCAAGAUGCCUUCUACGGGAUUUUCUAAACCUGAAAUCAAAGCUCCCAAAGUAGACGUGGAUGUUACUUUAUCCAAAGUCGAUGUCUCACUUCCCACGUGUGAUGUCAGUCUUCAAGAAGCUGACCUGAAAGCAGCCUCCGUUCCUGCAGAUGUCAAAAUCUCAGCACCUGGAGUCAAGAUUCCCAAAAUAGAAGGUUCCUUUGAGCUGAAGGGUCCAGGAAUUGAAGCGAAAGCACCAUCAGCUGAAAUUGCGGUGGAGGGAGCAGAGGUGAAAACUGCCGGUUUGGAAGGGAAAAUUCAAAUGCCUAAAUUUGAAAAGCCAAAGUUUGGAGUUUCACUUCCAAAAGGCAAAGUGCCAGAAGGCGAGAUCAGCUUACCCAAAAUGGAAGCUGAUAUUCCCAAGCCAAAAGUCAAAGGCCAAGUGGGUGCAAUCGGCGUGGAAACCCCAACGCUAGCAGUGGAAGCUGAUGUUCCUGACCUAGAGACUGAAGCUUCUGGCUGGAAAAUCCAAAUGCCAUCACUCAAAAUGCCCAAAAUGCCUAAAGCGGACCUUCAAGCACCAAAGGUGGACAUCACCCUCCCAUCAGUAGACGUUUCUCUUCCAAAGGCCGAGGUGGACAUUCAAGGCCCAGAAGCAACAGCUAAAGCGGUAAAGAUAGAAGGUGAAAUAAAAGCCACAGAUAAAGAUGCGAAAGGAAAAGAAAGUAAGUUCAAAAUGCCAAAAUUCGGCAUGCCUUCAUUUGGCUGGUCCACCACAAAAGAGACCAGUGGUGGAGUAGCAGAUGUUGAAGCAAGCCUCACAGAGCCCCAGGUGACAGUGCCGUCAGCUGGGGCAGAAGGAGAGAUAACACUGUCAGGACCCGCAAUCCAGGCUCCAAGUGCUGAAGUGGAAAUCGGGACUUCUGCAGGAAAAGAUGGUGAGAAGGGGAAACUUAAAAUGCCUGAUGUUAAGCUGCCGAGUGUGAAGCUUCCCAAAGUCAAGGCUCCCCAGGUACAGGUCAGUCUGCCAAAGGUAGAGGCAGAUAUUUCCCUUCCCAAAUCACAAGCCGAAAUGAAAGAGGGGGGAUUUGAAGUGAAAGUUCCCGCCAUGGAAAGCAGUAUUGAAGUUGAGACAGGGAAAGCAGAGGCAACAGGGAUGCAAAUACACAUGCCAAAAGUCAAGAUGCCUUCUACGGGAUUUUCUAAACCUGAAAUCAAAGCUCCCAAAGUAGACGUGGAUGUUACUUUACCCAAAGUCGAUGUCUCACUUCCCACGUGUGAUGUCAGUCUUCAAGAAGCUGACCUGAAAGCAGCCUCCGUUCCUGCAGAUGUCAAAAUCUCAGCACCUGGAGUCAAGAUUCCCAAAAUAGAAGGUUCCUUUGAGCUGAAGGGUCCAGGAAUUGAAGCGAAAGCACCAUCAGCUGAAAUUGCGGUGGAGGGAGCAGAGGUGAAAACUGCCGGUUUGGAAGGGAAAAUUCAAAUGCCUAAAUUUGAAAAGCCAAAGUUUGGAGUUUCACUUCCAAAAGGCAAAGUGCCAGAAGGCGAGAUCAGCUUACCCAAAAUGGAAGCUGAUAUUCCCAAGCCAAAAGUCAAAGGCCAAGUGGGUGCAAUCGGCGUGGAAACCCCAACGCUAGCAGUGGAAGCUGAUGUUCCUGACCUAGAGACUGAAGCUUCUGGCUGGAAAAUCCAAAUGCCAUCACUCAAAAUGCCCAAAAUGCCUAAAGCGGACCUUCAAGCACCAAAGGUGGACAUCACCCUCCCAUCAGUAGACGUUUCUCUUCCAAAGGCCGAGGUGGACAUUCAAGGCCCAGAAGCAACAGCUAAAGCGGUAAAGAUAGAAGGUGAAAUAAAAGCCACAGAUAAAGAUGCGAAAGGAAAAGAAAGUAAGUUCAAAAUGCCAAAAUUCGGCAUGCCUUCAUUUGGCUGGUCCACCACAAAAGAGACCAGUGGUGGAGUAGCAGAUGUUGAAGCAAGCCUCACAGAGCCCCAGGUGACAGUGCCGUCAGCUGGGGCAGAAGGAGAGAUAACACUGUCAGGACCCGCAAUCCAGGCUCCAAGUGCUGAAGUGGAAAUCGGGACUUCUGCAGGAAAAGAUGGUGAGAAGGGGAAACUUAAAAUGCCUGAUGUUAAGCUGCCGAGUGUGAAGCUUCCCAAAGUCAAGGCUCCCCAGGUACAGGUCAGUCUGCCAAAGGUAGAGGCAGAUAUUUCCCUUCCCAAAUCACAAGCCGAAAUGAAAGAGGGGGGAUUUGAAGUGAAAGUUCCCGCCAUGGAAAGCAGUAUUGAAGUUGAGACAGGGAAAGCAGAGGCAACAGGGAUGCAAAUACACAUGCCAAAAGUCAAGAUGCCUUCUACGGGAUUUUCUAAACCUGAAAUCAAAGCUCCCAAAGUAGACGUGGAUGUUACUUUAUCCAAAGUCGAUGUCUCACUUCCCACGUGUGAUGUCAGUCUUCAAGAAGCUGACCUGAAAGCAGCCUCCGUUCCUGCAGAUGUCAAAAUCUCAGCACCUGGAGUCAAGAUUCCCAAAAUAGAAGGUUCCUUUGAGCUGAAGGGUCCAGGAAUUGAAGCGAAAGCACCAUCAGCUGAAAUUGCGGUGGAGGGAGCAGAGGUGAAAACUGCCGGUUUGGAAGGGAAAAUUCAAAUGCCUAAAUUUGAAAAGCCAAAGUUUGGAGUUUCACUUCCAAAAGGCAAAGUGCCAGAAGGCGAGAUCAGCUUACCCAAAAUGGAAGCUGAUAUUCCCAAGCCAAAAGUCAAAGGCCAAGUGGGUGCAAUCGGCGUGGAAACCCCAACGCUAGCAGUGGAAGCUGAUGUUCCUGACCUAGAGACUGAAGCUUCUGGCUGGAAAAUCCAAAUGCCAUCACUCAAAAUGCCCAAAAUGCCUAAAGCAGACCUUCAAGCACCAAAGGUGGACAUCACCCUCCCAUCAGUAGACGUUUCUCUUCCAAAGGCCGAGGUGGACAUUCAAGGCCCAGAAGCAACAGCUAAAGCGGUAAAGAUAGAAGGUGAAAUAAAAGCCACAGAUAAAGAUGCGAAAGGAAAAGAAAGUAAGUUCAAAAUGCCAAAAUUCGGCAUGCCUUCAUUUGGCUGGUCCACCACAAAAGAGACCAGUGGUGGAGUAGCAGAUGUUGAAGGAAGACUCAAAGAGCCCCAGAUGACAGUGCCGUCAGCUGGGGCAGAAGGAGAGAUAACACUGUCAGGACCAGCUAUCCAGGCUCCAAGUGCUGAAGUGGAAAUCGGGACUUCUGCAGGAAAAGAUGGUGAGAAGGGGAAACUUAAAAUGCCUGAUGUUAAGCUGCCGAGUGUGAAGCUUCCCAAAGUCAAGGCUCCCCAGGUACAGGUCAGUCUGCCAAAGGUAGAGGCAGAUAUUUCCCUUCCCAAAUCACAAGCCGAAAUGAAAGAGGGGGGAUUUGAAGUGAAAGUUCCCGCCAUGGAAAGCAGUAUUGAAGUUGAGACAGGGAAAGCAGAGGCAACAGGGAUGCAAAUACACAUGCCAAAAGUCAAGAUGCCUUCUACGGGAUUUUCUAAACCUGAAAUCAAAGCUCCCAAAGUAGACGUGGAUGUUACUUUAUCCAAAGUCGAUGUCUCACUUCCCACGUGUGAUGUCAGUCUUCAAGAAGCUGACCUGAAAGCAGCCUCCGUUCCUGCAGAUGUCAAAAUCUCAGCACCUGGAGUCAAGAUUCCCAAAAUAGAAGGUUCCUUUGAGCUGAAGGGUCCAGGAAUUGAAGCGAAAGCACCAUCAGCUGAAAUUGCGGUGGAGGGAGCAGAGGUGAAAACUGCCGGUUUGGAAGGGAAAAUUCAAAUGCCUAAAUUUGAAAAGCCAAAGUUUGGAGUUUCACUUCCAAAAGGCAAAGUGCCAGAAGGCGAGAUCAGCUUACCCAAAAUGGAAGCUGAUAUUCCCAAGCCAAAAGUCAAAGGCCAAGUGGGUGCAAUCGGCGUGGAAACCCCAACGCUAGCAGUGGAAGCUGAUGUUCCUGACCUAGAGACUGAAGCUUCUGGCUGGAAAAUCCAAAUGCCAUCACUCAAAAUGCCCAAAAUGCCUAAAGCAGACCUUCAAGCACCAAAGGUGGACAUCACCCUCCCAUCAGUAGACGUUUCUCUUCCAAAGGCCGAGGUGGACAUUCAAGGCCCAGAAGCAACAGCUAAAGCGGUAAAGAUAGAAGGUGAAAUAAAAGCCACAGAUAAAGAUGCGAAAGGAAAAGAAAGUAAGUUCAAAAUGCCAAAAUUCGGCAUGCCUUCAUUUGGCUGGUCCACCACAAAAGAGACCAGUGGUGGAGUAGCAGAUGUUGAAGGAAGACUCACAGAGCCCCAGAUGACAGUGCCGUCAGCUGGGGCAGAAGGAGAGAUAACACUGUCAGGACCAGCUAUCCAGGCUCCAAGUGCUGAAGUGGAAAUCGGGACUUCUGCAGGAAAAGAUGGUGAGAAGGGGAAACUUAAAAUGCCUGAUGUUAAGCUGCCGAGUGUGAAGCUUCCCAAAGUCAAGGCUCCCCAGGUACAGGUCAGUCUGCCAAAGGUAGAGGCAGAUAUUUCCCUUCCCAAAUCACAAGCCGAAAUGAAAGAGGGGGGAUUUGAAGUGAAAGUUCCCGCCAUGGAAAGCAGUAUUGAAGUUGAGACAGGGAAAGCAGAGGCAACAGGGAUGCAAAUACACAUGCCAAAAGUCAAGAUGCCUUCUACGGGAUUUUCUAAACCUGAAAUCAAAGCUCCCAAAGUAGACGUGGAUGUUACUUUAUCCAAAGUCGAUGUCUCACUUCCCACGUGUGAUGUCAGUCUUCAAGAAGCUGACCUGAAAGCAGCCUCCGUUCCUGCAGAUGUCAAAAUCUCAGCACCUGGAGUCAAGAUUCCCAAAAUAGAAGGUUCCUUUGAGCUGAAGGGUCCAGGAAUUGAAGCGAAAGCACCAUCAGCUGAAAUUGCGGUGGAGGGAGCAGAGGUGAAAACUGCCGGUUUGGAAGGGAAAAUUCAAAUGCCUAAAUUUGAAAAGCCAAAGUUUGGAGUUUCACUUCCAAAAGGCAAAGUGCCAGAAGGCGAGAUCAGCUUACCCAAAAUGGAAGCUGAUAUUCCCAAGCCAAAAGUCAAAGGCCAAGUGGGUGCAAUCGGCGUGGAAACCCCAACGCUAGCAGUGGAAGCUGAUGUUCCUGACCUAGAGACUGAAGCUUCUGGCUGGAAAAUCCAAAUGCCAUCACUCAAAAUGCCCAAAAUGCCUAAAGCGGAUCCUUCAAACGUUUCUCUUCCAAAGGCCGAGGUGGACAUUCAAGGCCCAGAAGCAACAGCUAAAGCGGUAAAGAUAGAAGGUGAAAUAAAAGCCACAAGAUAAGAUGCGAAGGGAAAAGAAAGUAAGUUCAAAAUGCCAAAAUUCGGCAUGCCUUCAUUUGGCUGGUCCACCACAAAAGAGACCAGUGGUGGAGUAGCAGAUGUUGAAGCAAGCCUCACAGAGCCCCAGGUGACAGUGCCGUCAGCUGGGGCAGAAGGAGAGAUAACACUGUCAGGACCCGCAAUCCAGGCUCCAAGUGCUGAAGUGGAAAUCGGGACUUCUGCAGGAAAAGAUGGUGAGAAGGGGAAACUUAAAAUGCCUGAUGUUAAGCUGCCGAGUGUGAAGCUUCCCAAAGUCAAGGCUCCCCAGGUACAGGUCAGUCUGCCAAAGGUAGAGGCAGAUAUUUCCCUUCCCAAAUCACAAGCCGAAAUGAAAGAGGGGGGAUUUGAAGUGAAAGUUCCCGCCAUGGAAAGCAGUACUGAAGUUGAGACAGGAAAAGCAGAGGCAACAGGGAUGCAAAUACACAUGCCAAAAGUCAAGAUGCCUUCUACGGGAUUUUCUAAACCUGAAAUCAAAGCUCCCAAAGUAGACGUGGAUGUUACUUUACCCAAAGUCGAUGUCUCACUUCCCACGUGUGAUGUCAGUCUUCAAGAAGCUGACCUGAAAGCAGCCUCCGUUCCUGCAGAUGUCAAAAUCUCAGCACCUGGAGUCAAGAUUCCCAAAAUAGAAGGUUCCUUUGAGCUGAAGGGUCCAGGAAUUGAAGCGAAAGCACCAUCAGCUGAAAUUGCGGUGGAGGGAGCAGAGGUGAAAACUGCCGGUUUGGAAGGGAAAAUUCAAAUGCCUAAAUUUGAAAAGCCAAAGUUUGGAGUUUCACUUCCAAAAGGCAAAGUGCCAGAAGGCGAGAUCAGCUUACCCAAAAUGGAAGCUGAUAUUCCCAAGCCAAAAGUCAAAGGCCAAGUGGGUGCAAUCGGCGUGGAAACCCCAACGCUAGCAGUGGAAGCUGAUGUUCCUGACCUAGAGACUGAAGCUUCCGGCUGGAAAAUCCAAAUGCCAUCACUCAAAAUGCCCAAAAUGCCUAAAGUGGACCUUCAAGCACCAGAGGUGGACAUCACCCUCCCAUCAGUAGACGUUUCUCUUCCAAAGGCCGAGGUGGACAUUCAAGGCCCAGAAGCAACAGCUAAAGCGGUAAAGAUAGAAGGUGAAAUAAAAGCCACAGAUAAAGAUGCGAAAGGAAAAGAAAGUAAGUUCAAAAUGCCAAAAUUCGGCAUGCCUUCAUUGGCUGGUCCACCACAAAAGAGACCUAGUGGUGGAGUAGCAGAUGUUGAAGCAAGCCUCAAAGAGCCCCAGGUGACUAUUCCGUCAGCUAAGGCACAAGGAGAGAUAACAGUGUCAGCACCUGUAAUCCAGGCUCGAAGUGUUGGACUUGAAAUUCCAAGUAGUUCUGGAAAAGAUAGUGUUAAGGGGACAUCUAAAAUGCCUCAUCUUAAAAUUCCAAAGGUUUCUAUUUCUAAGAUACCAAAAUCUGAAAUUAGUGAUCCCAACUUGCAGGCUGAUGUUUUUGACCCUAUAACUGAAACUAAUGUAAUAUCUGAAGGAAUAGCAUUGAGGUUUUCAGGCCCUGAGAGUAGCGUGGACCUUCCUGAGUGUGGAGAAGAUGCAAGGGUCAAAAGUGUUAAUUUACCAAAAUUUUGGAUUCCUGAUUUGGGUUUUUCCAAAGUUGAUAUCAGUGCCCGUAUAGCUGACCAGGAUGCAAACUUACUGAAAGAUGAUGUCACUCUUACUAAGUAUCACAUGAGUAUUCAAGAACCCAAAGUGGUAUCUGGGUCUGCUGUUGAUGAUAUAAGCAUUCCAGAGACAGAUAUUAAAGUUGCAGUGACAGAAAGUUCCACUGAGCUGAAGAGUCCAGAAAUAGUUGCUAAAAUACCAUCUGUUGACGUUGCUAUAGAUAGAGGAGAAGUGAAGCUUGACGGUUUCGAAGGGAAGACUAAAAUGCCUAAAUUCCAAAAGAUGAAGUUUGGAAUUUCACUGCCUAAGGGAAAAAUUCCAGAGAGUGAGAUCAGCCUACCCCAAAUGGAAGCUGACAUUUCCAAACCAAAAGCGAUAGCUGAGGUUACUGAGAUUGCUAUUGAAACUUCAUCUUUUGAUGUUAAAUGUGAAGUCUCUGAUGGAAGAACAGAAGUGUCAGGCUUAAAAAUGCAACUGCCAUCGCUCAAAAUGCCUCAAAUACCUAAAGCUGACGGAGCACCAAAGGUGGACAUCAGCCUCCCAUCAGUUGAUGUUACCAUGCCAACAACAAAGGUAGACAUUCGAGGCCCAGAUUUAGAAAGUAAAGUGGUAAAGACUGAGAGUGAAAUAAAAUCUGGAGAAAAAGACAUUGAAGGGAAAGAAAGCAAGUUCAAAAUGCCAAAAUUCAAACUCCCAUCAUUUCGCUGGUCACCAAAGAAAGAAGCAGUUGUUACAUGUGAUACUGAAGCAACCCUUGAGGAGCCUACUUUGGCCUCUUCAUUAGGAGAAACAGAAGCUGAAUUAACAUUAACUGUUGCUGAGGUUUGGUGCCCAAGUGUGGAUCUCGAAAGUGAUAUGCCUAUAGGUGAGAAGGAGAAAAUUAAAAAGCCUCAGUUCAGCAUGCCAAAGAUAUCACUUCCUAAAAUGAAGGGUCACAAAGCACAGGUCUCGCUGCCAAAAUUGGAAAGUGAUGUUAGUGGUCCUAAACCAGAAAAUGAAGGAGAUGUUUCAGUGCAGAUAUCAGAGAAAGGAAGCAGUGGAGAUGGAGAAGGAAUUGCCAUAAAAAUGCCAAAGGUUAAUAUCUCUACUUCAGAAUUUUCAAAACCAGAAAUCAAAGCUCCCAAAACGGAUGUGGAUGUUAGCUUACCUACGGUUGAUGUCAAGCUUCCUACAUAUGAUGUGACUAUUCAACAAGCUGACUUGAAACUGACGUCUGCUGGUGCUGAUGUCAGCCUGUCAGCCCCAGAUAUUAAGAUUCCAACAUCGGAAGGGUCCAUAGAGUUGCAAAGUCCAGAAACAGGAGUUGAAGGAAUAUCAGCUGGAAUUGUUGUGGAUGGAGCAGAGCUGAAAGCUGAAGGUCUUGAAGGGAAGAUUAAAGUGCCCAAAUUCCAAAAGCCGAAGUUUGGAAUUUCACGUCGUAAAGGGAAAGUGCCAGAGAGUGAGAUCAGCUUACCCAAAAUGGAAGCUGAUAUUCCCCAGCUAAAAGCGAUGACAGAUAUUAUUGACGUUGCUGUGGAAGCACCAACAGUAGAAGUUGAAUCUGCCAUCCCUAAUGCAGAAACAGAAUCUUCAGGCUGGAAAAUCAAAAUGCCCAAAAUACCUGAAGCUGAUAUUAAGACACCCAAAGUUGACAUUAACCUCCAAUCCAAUGUUUCUGUUCCAAUGGCAGAGAUUGGUAUUCAAGAUUCAAAUCUGGCAUCUAAAGCAACAAUGGUUGAGGGAGAAAUAAAACCUGGAGAUACAGAUAUGGAAGGGAAAGAAGGACAUUUCAAGUUGCCAAAAUUCAAAUUGCCAUCAUUUAGUUGGUCACCAAAAAAAGAAGCAAGCAUUAAAGCCGAUUUUGAAGAACUUCUGGAAGAGCCUAAAAUUACUGUAUCAUCAGGCAAAACAGACACAAAACUAGCAGAAAUUGUAACUGAGGAUCAGGGUCCAAGCAUGGAUCUUGCUAUUGAAAUAUCUACAGGAAAAAAAGAACAAAAAAGCCAAAUUAAAAAGCCUCAAUUUAUCAUACCUAAAAUUUCAUUCUCCAAAAUUAAGGUUCCUAAAUCUCAGGUGAAUCUGCCAAAAGUGGAAGCUGAUGUUACUGUUCCUAAACCAGAAAGAGAUGGAGAAGACUUAGUGCAGAUACCUGAUAUAGAAAGCAGUCAUACCAAAAGCAUAGAAGAGGGAGCACAAAUAAGCAUAAAAAUGCCAAAAGUUCAGAUUCCUACUUUGGAAUUUUCCAAACCAGAAAUCAAAGUUCCCAAAUCAGACAUGGACAUUAGACUACCUAAGGUUGAUGCCACCUUUUCUACAGAUGAUGUGAGUCUUCAACAAGCUGACCUCAAAUCAGGGUCUGCUGGUGAUGAUGUCAGCUUGUCCACGGGUAUUAAAUUUCCCACAGCAGAAGCUUCCAUUGAGCUGAAGAGUCCAGAAACAGGAAUCGAAGGACCAUUGGCGGUGGAUGGAGCAGAAGUGAAAGUUGAAGGUCUUGAAGGGAAGAUGACAAUGCCUAAAUUCCAAAAGCCAAAGUUUGGAAUUUCACUUCCAAAAGGAAAAAGACCAGAAAGUGAGAUCAGCUUACCCAAAAUGGAAGCUGGAGUUCCCCAGCUUACAAUGACAACAGAUAUUGCUGACAUUGCUGUGGAAGCUCCAAUACUAGAAGUUAAAUCUGAUGUCUCUGAUGUAGAAAUAGAGGUUUCAACUGGGAAAAUGAAAAUGCCUCAAGUUUCUAUCACUGACAUUAAAGCUCCAGAGAUGGAUGUUAGUCUCCCAUCCAUUUCUCUUUCAACCACAGAGGUGGCCUUUCAAAGCCUUGAGGUGGAGGAUAUGAAAGUGCAAGGAGAACAUGAAAUGAAGUCUGGAGAAAUUCAGACUGAAGAACAUCAGAGCUGGUUUAAAAUGCCAAAAUUUAGAAUGCCAACAUUUGGUCGGUCAUCUUCUAAGGGAAAAAGAGAUGACAUUGAUAGUGAAGGGAGCCUGGAAAAGUCGCAAGUAAGUGCUCCUUCUGCUGAAAUGCAAACUGAAAUAGAAGCUCCUGAAUAUGCAACAUCAUUGCCACAUGUGGACACUGAAUCUGCUGCUGGAAAGGAUGUUUUGGAAGGUAAAAUCAAAUCUGCUAAAGCAGAGAUUCCAAAAGUGGGAGUUUCUCUCCACAAAGGUAAAAGUUCUGAUGUUACCUCACCAAAGUUAGAAGCAGAAGUUUCACUACCUCCAGAAAAAGCAGUCAUUAAAGUGAGCAUUCCUGAAAUGGAAACUUAUGCUGAUGUAGUUAAACGCGGUGCUGAAGGACAACAAUUGAAAACGCAUACUCCAAAAGUCAUGAUACCUAAGGUAGAACUCUCUACAUCAGAAAUUAGUGCUUCAAAAACUGGGGUGGACAUCAGCUUACCAAAAGCUGACAUUACACUCCCUAAAUGUGAUCUGACCCUUCAAGAACAAAAAGCCAAAUCAGAGUGUGCAGAGGUUCCAACAGCAGAACAUUCCAUUGAGCUGAAGAGUCCAGAAAUAGGAGCCAAAGCACCAUCUGUUGAAAUUGCUUUGGAUGGAACACAGAAGAAAUUAGAUGUCGUCCCAAAAGUAGAGCUGGACAUUCUACACCCAGGUGAAGGAGUUAAAGCUGAAAAGCUAGGGGGUGUGAUAAAAUCUACAGGAAAGGAUGUUCAAGGAAGAGAAAGUAAAUUAAAAAUGCCAACAUUCAGUGUACCCUCAUUUGGAUGGCCUGCCACAAAGGGAACAGGAGAUGUUGCUGAUGUUAAAACCAGCCUUGAAGAGACCAAGAUAGGUGCUCCGGGAAUUAAAAUGGAUACUGAAAUAAGUGUUGUAGACCAUGAAAUAGAAUUUCCAGCUGAAAGUGUUGAAAAGGCUAUUUCUGCAGGAGUCAGGGUGAAAGCAGAAGAUGGAGAUGAAGCAAGCAAAAUGAAAACAUCUAAAUUUAAGAUGCCAAAGUUUGGAGUGUUACAUUCAAAAGCAAAGGGUUCUGAAGUUGAUGUCUUUCUCCCAAAGUUAGAGGCUGAUGUUUCGCUGCCUAAAACUGAGCUAGGCAUAGUGGAAAUCCAGUUUAAAAAAGCAGAUAGCUCCAUUGACCUGCAAAGUCCAAGUUCAGACAUUAUGGAAUCAUCAACCAGGAUUUCAGAGGACAAGGCAGACAAACAAACUGAAAGUGUAGAGGUAAAUAUUAAAAUUCCCAAGUUAAAAAUACCAGCGUUCACUUACAAUGCACCCACAGCUGAAACUGACGUUUCAACAUUAAAAGUGGCAACAGACUUGAAAGGUGCUGGUGCUGACAUUGAAGCACCAAAACUGGAAGUAAGCACUAAGAUCCCUAAAGAAAGACCAGAAUUUGCGGGUGGUAAUAUCCAAAGGCCAUCAGUCAAAAUUCCAACAUUGGCUGAACGUGACAUUAAAACCCCACAGGAAUACGUUAAGCUCCCAUCCACAGACUCUUCGGUUUCAAAAGCAGCACUACAAAUUCAGGGACCACUUGCAGAGGGUAAAGAAAUAAAGACACAAGGUGAAGUUGAAUCUGGACAUGUUGAUAUCGAAACGCAUGAGACUUACUCCUCUCAGAUAGUGAAAGAAUCUGAGAUUCCUUCAUCAGAAAUUAAAACUGCUAGUUUUGGAUUUUCACUUCUCAAAGUGAAGAUACCUGAGUCACAUGUUAAACUAGACAUGCCAGUCAAACUGCAGUCUUAUUCAGAAUAUAAACAUGAGGUGUCUGAGAGUGAAGUUCACCAACCUAAACUUUCUGAUGAAAAUUUAGGGGUAGCAAUACAAAAGAGUGACACUGCUGAGUUUAAAUUAUCUGGCAAACCACAAAGUGAAACUGAUGAAUCUAAUGAUGUCAUAUCUUCCAGUGUCAGUUUGCCAAAACUGAAAACAUUUACAGUUGAAUUACAGCCUUCCAGUAAACUUGGAGACACUCAAUCUGAUAAGCGACCAGAGGAAAUAGCUGUAUCUCCUCUCUCUAAAGAUGGUGAAAUAGCUAAAAUACCAGAAAAUGAAGAAAAAGAUAUGAAGGAUCAAAAAGAAAAAACUGACAGUAAAAGAUCGUCUGGCAGAUUCAAAUUUUGGCUUCCAAGUAUUGGGUUUUCUUCCUCCAUUGAUGACACAGGCUCAGAUUCCAAACCUGAAGUCCAAAAAUCAAUUCCAGAAGAAACCCAACCUGUUGAUUCUUCUGCAUCAGAUAUUGACUCUUCUAAACAAACUGAAAAAACUGGAUGGUUUAGAUUUCCCAAAUUAGGCUUCUCAUCCCCAUCAAAAAAGGCUAAGAACAUUGACAAAGAAGAAGAGACAAAUCUAAAAGAAAUGAAAACUUCAGAUGAUGAAAGUCCAUCAGAGAAACCUGAAACAUUUUUUGAUGCAGAAGAAAAUUUAUCACCUAAAGAAGAAACAAUUAAGGGUGAAGAAAAUGAAAACACAGGGACCUCAUCUAAUGUCCAAGUUUCUGGUGCUAUAGUGACAUCAUCAGCAAGAACUGAAUUAAUCUUGUUGGAGAGGGAAAGAGCUAGCCAGCAAAGUAUUCUUGAAAAGACCACCAAAUGAGUAUUUUUUUUCUGAUCUAUACAUAUAUGGAAAAUCUGAAGGUAGAACAAACUACGAGAAAAACAUAUGCCGAAAAAUGCUGUCUUCCCAGAGAGUUUUCCAGAAGAAAUGAAAGUGGAACAGAACUUAAAACUGACAUUGAUGAAAACAGUCUGUGGAUCAUUCCUCACGACGCUGGCAUUUGCAAGCACAUGAACAUACUGUAGGUCCCAAUGAAACAUUUGUUUCAUGAGAUGUACCCAAGAAGAAACACACAACUACUGAAGAAAAGGAGGCAUUCACACUUUUAUCAAAGUCUGAUAAAAUUCUCCUAACCAUGCAAAAUAAAGUGUUGAAUGGAGCAAAGAUAGUGAAAAGAUUUUAUUAAAUAUAAUUCUCUAAAACAUGCCGGUUGUGUUUAGGUUAUAGAUUAUUUGCAAAAAUGAAUAUAAAGCUAGUGCUAUGAGAACUAGAAAUAUACAUAACUGUUUAGAUUUUAUUUUAUUAAAUAUAUUUCUGCCUUGAUGUUGCUUUCUUAUAAAAAUAUAUUUUCUUUAUCUUAGAUAGAGCAAUAUUUGUAUUCCAUGAUCAUUUUAAAAUGUAGAACAAACAGAAAUAAUACUGUAGAUAUGACAAUCCUUCCCCCCCGCCUCACCCCCCAGUUAGUAGCGUGGAUAAUAUUUAGCCUUAAAAAAAAAUAAAAACUUCAGGAAAUGCUCCAGAUUCCUGAAAAAUAUAUACUGCUGAUUCACAUAUUCAAAAUACAAAAAUGAAAUAUGGCAACUGUGAGGAAGAAUAAAAAAAAUUGGGGUAAGAAAGUUCACUAUGUAUAUAUUUAUCAGAAUAGUUAAUGCAUAGAAUGGGGCGCAUAUGUGAGUGAAAUCACUGGAAAGGUUUUUCCAGAGAAAUAAGAUGUAAAUAGUUAGUUAUUUACCUUUUGUUUAUAUCAAUGCUUCUCUUAAGUACAUGACCAAAAAGGUAAUACUAUAUAUGUUAGCCAUCACUGUACAUGUAUUACUAGAAUGUUGAAUGUAUUCUCACUUCACAGUACAGUCACUGUAUUGAUAAUAAAUGCAACAACAUUA